CGUUCAUUGUUGCGAUUAUUGAUUUUUCAUCUGUAACGUCAUACAAUAUGAUUACUGUACAACUGAGUGUUCGCGUCAUAACAGAUAAAAUCAACUCCGAUUCGAAGGGGUUUGCCUAAACUUACGCAAAACCUGCCGGAUUGCUAUUUGUUAACAAGAGUAACAAAAGGGUAGAAGACCUAAGAAAUCAAUGAAAUUGGAAGAAAUAAACAGAGAAAAUGGAAGAAUUGUCGGAUAUGAGAUUCAAUGUUCUAAAAAUGGUUUUCUCAAAAUGGUAUGACGAAAACAGAUGUCUUACUAUGUUGAAAGUGUUGUUCAGAGAGCAUGUUGGAGUUGGGAAAUUGGCAAAUAUAAGAAACACGAUGGACUUGUUGAAUGAUUUAGUUCGAUCUAAUCGUUUGAGUCCAAGAGACUUGACUAUCAUUUGUGACACUAUUACCGUAACUAAACAUUAUGCUCUUCAAAGGAAAAUCCAAGAGACUUUUCCAUCAUUCCCGGAUAUUAGGGAAGGAUUAAUUUCAACAAAAUUCACAUCUCACAGACAAAAGCUAAUGAAAUUUGGGAUGGCACUCACGCCAGCAGAUGUGAGGCAGAUUGACGGAUUAUAUAACACACCUUGUAAGGAAUAUGAAGACGCGUGGACUAUGAUUAUUGAUCUAGAAAAGAAUCUAAAAAUCAAAGAAGACAUGACAGAUUUCUAUCAAUCAUUAGAAGCACUUAAUCUCCGCCUGGCGUUAAAUGCAUUAAAAGAAGAUAUUGCAAACACACCAUCAGCUUUGGGGACAAACUUUACAUCCCCGGCUUUGGUUUAUAGGACUAGACCUGUGGGUUCUCCACAUAUUCAAGAAGCGUACCGAAUGACAGAACUGUCUUCAUUGGAAUUCAAUCAACUGCUCGGAAACGUGUCCUCGUGGUGGGAACACUAUGGAAACGUGAAUAUGUUAAAAGUAAUACUUAGCGAAUUUAAAGUUAUUCCUGUAUCACUGAUGGAGGAGCAAAACCAGCCACGUUCUCUCUUUCAGCUUCUUAAAGGCAGUGGGCUUAUCAGCCAAUCAAACGUCGAUGUCAUCAUCGAAACCGUUGUAUUGGGUGGCCAAAGUGGUGUAGAACCAAAGAUCAAAGAAUCGAUACCGACAUUUCCCGGAUUAAAUCAAGUUGAAAUCAAUAGUUUUUCGAAACAUCGACGAAAUUUGCUCGAAUUUGGCAAGGUAAUAGGCACAAGUAACAAAGAACGCAUUGGUUACCUGUUUGAUCUUCAUGUUCCCGAACUAAAGGAUCAGUGGUGUUUAAUAUUUCAAUUGGAAAAGAGGCAUAUUCUUACUGAGGAUCUACAUGUUAAACAAGCUUUCGUUAACAAAAUUAUGGACAAUGGUAUGAUAGCUGAAGCCCAAGCACUGAACACAUAUUAAAAUGAAACCUAACGAAACAAUGACAAUUAUUUUAUUUAAAAAGAAAAAAAA